CGCCGCCAUGGCUCCCUCAAAGACGAAGACUAUGCCGCACAAGUCGAACAACCACAAACGCUAUCUUGCAGACGAUGUGACCGAAAACGCAAGCUUCACAAUUGACUUGAACGGCAGCGAUGGAGAAGGCAAGGCGCUGCAGACAGUGAACAAGUCGAAUGACAGCGAUUUUGAGGGUUCUGGCAGCGAAGAUGGCGACAAGGACGGAGAAGAGGAGGAGGAGGAUAGUGACGCGGAAAGCGCGAAGAUCAAUAUCGAGAAAAAAGAGAAGGAGAAGGCCAUUUUGCCGAAAGAUGCGGAGGAAGAGGAGCUCGAACGUCUGAUCUUCGGCGAUUCGGCAGGUUUCAAGGAGGGACUGGACAAUUUCUCCCUCAGUCGCACAGCUGGGAUGUACGGCGAUGCUUCGGACGAAGAGCAAGACGAUGAUGAAGACCUCGAAAACGUUGCGGACGCCAACCUCUUCUUCUUUGACACUGGCCCAGAAGCGGCGCCUGCUGGCUCGGUCGCUGUCACGAAAGCAGACGCAUCAGAGGACGAAGAGGACCAGCCAGCAUGGGACGACAGCGACGAUGAGCGCCUGGUGGUCAGCUUGGCUUCAGUACCGCAAUUGAGAAAGCUGAGGGAAACGGCAGAGGACGACAUGGUGAAUGGCAAGGAGUAUGCGCGCAGGCUGAGGAAGCAGUAUGAGCGACUCUACCCGGCGCCGGAGUGGGCAGCACACGCGACGGGCAAGGCGAAGAAGAGGAGACGGACAAUGGACGAUGAUGAGAGUGGAGAAGAGUCUGGAAGUGAUAUGGACGUUGACGAUGAUGACCUGUCUACCCAGCCUUUGGCCAGGCUACUGAAGGAUGCAGACAUUCUGUCCCGGAAUACAGCAAGGGGACCCGCGAAGAGGAGAAAACUACAGGCCGGUACAAUCGACAUUCAGCGGCUGAAGGACGUCUCCAAAGCUGGUCCAUCUGCAAUCACCUCCCUCUCAUUCCACCCAACAUACCCUCUGCUUCUUUCGUCUGGACCGAGCUCAACGCUCUCACUUCAUCAUGUUAACCCAAACCCACCGAACCCCAACCCUCUUCUCACAUCGCUACACAUCAAGCGCACACCACUCACCACAACCGCUUUCCAUCCCUUAGCCUCAGAUUCACGCAUCUUCCUGAGCGCUCGCCGACGCUAUUUUCAUGUCUGGAACAUCGCAACAGGGCAGGUUGAGAAGGUCACACGGGUGUAUGGCCACCAACACGAACAGCGCACAAUGGAGCACUUCUCACUUUCACCGAAUGGGAAAUACAUGGCACUUCGUGGCUCAUCAAGGAAGGGCGGAGGUGUCAUCAAUAUCCUUGAUACCAGAACAUUGCAAUGGGCAACACAAGUGCGCAUCGAGUCGCGGGGCGGUGUCGCUGACUUUGCAUGGUGGAGCAAUGGCAAUGGUAUGAGCAUCGCAGGCAAGAACGGCGAGGUUACGGAAUGGAGCGUACAAGAGGGCGUUGUUGGGCGAUGGAACGAUGAGGGCGCUGUUGGCACAACAGUCAUCGCUCUCGGUGGUAACAGUGGACGAGACGACUGGAUAGGCGGCGAUCGAUGGGUCGCAAUCGGAAGCUCGAGUGGUGUUGUCAACAUUUACGAUCGCAGGGCUUGGAGCGAAGGCGCGGAAGACGAAAAGUUGGGCGCAAAUGGCGGUAUCCCCAAGGCACCGAAACCGUUGCGCGCCCUUGGCAACCUCACCACACCCACAUCACAACUUGCAUUCUCACCGGAUGGGCAGAUUUUAGCUAUGGCGAGUCGAUGGAAGAACAACGCCAUGAGGUUGGUACAUCUGCCUUCAGCAACGGUGUUCAAAAACUGGCCUACAGAGAAGACACCGUUGGGCAGGAUUACUGCCGUGGCUUGGGGCAGACCUACGGAAGAGGAAGAGCGUGAGGGUAGCCUGGCGCAGGUGGCCGUUGCGAACGAGUCGGGUCACAUCAGGUUAUGGGAAGUAAGAGCUUAGGGGAAGAAGUACGAUGAGCCCGCAAUUUGCGACAUCGAAGUUCGACCUGC